AUGGAGCAGCAAGACAAGACGGACCAAACACAAAAACUAUAUGAGACCAGGUCAGAAGCUUCAAGAUCAAGUAGGUCCUCAGCUAGUGCUGCAGCCACCAAAGCCAAAGCUAAAGCUGAAGCAGCCCUAGUAGAAGCCAAAUAUGCAGCUAAAGAAGCACAAGUGAUGAAAGAAAAGGCUAGAAUAGAAGCAGAAAAUCAAAAGAUGUUAGCUGAAGUAGCUCAACGUAAAGCAGAGCUAGAGGCUAAUCUGUACGUGCUAAAGACAGAGAGGAGCGCCACCGCAGCCUCAGCAGAAGCAGCAGUCUACGAGGCCGCAGCAGCGAUGGAGAAUGACCCUCUCGACGACUUCAACCAGAUCCCUCCACAGGACACUGCUCAACGCACCAGCGAGUAUGUGCAGGCCCACUAUGCACCAAAACCUCAGCACGAACCUCCAGUCCAUCAGCAGCCGCCUGUCACAUCUUCCAAAGCACAACGAGCACCGUCGUCACCUCUGCCUGACCAAACGCAGUGGUACCCGCUUCCUUACAGGGAAGCAAGUCUACCGAAUUCCUUUGUUAAGAAUGAGGUAAUGUUUAGCACUCCAUGCAGAGCCCAAACACGUUAUCCUCCUGCUCCGAUGUCUCACACAUCCAGUCUUAGAGACUACCCUUGUGAAGCAGCACCACUGACUGAUCUCACUAAAUAUCUAGUUAGGAGAGAAAUGGUAAGCUCUGGACUAUUAAAGUUUGAUGACUGUCCAGAAAACUAUUGGGCCUGGAAAACUUCUUUCCAGGAUGUUACCAGAGAGCUCAAUCUAACAGCUAGAGAGGAGCUUGACUUGCUGAUAAAGUGGCUCGGCCCAGAUUCAUCUCCACAAGCAAUGCGAAUCAGGUCAGCUUAUGUUCACAAUGCCAACGCAGGUGCCAACAUGGUUUGGCAAAGAUUAGAUGACACUUAUGGUUCACCUGAGAUUAUUGAACAUGCACUUUUGUCAAAGCUAGAGAACUUUCCCAAAAUCUCUAACAAAGACAAUCAGCGUCUCAGAGAGUUAGGAGACAUCCUAAUGGAGAUAGAGUUAGCUAAGUCAGGGGGGCGUUUACCUGGUUUAGCUUAUCUUGAUACAGCCAGAGGAGUAAACCCUAUUGUAGAAAAGCUUCCUUAUGGACUGCAAGAACGCUGGAUCACGUAUGGCUCUAGAUAUAAGGAAGUGCAUAAUGUUUCCUUUCCACCUUUCAGCUAUUUCGUUAACUUCAUUUCCAGCCAAGCAAAGACCCGAAAUGAUCCAAGCUUUUCCUUUUCUUCAACCUGCAUCACAAGUCAAAUAAAACAAGACAAACCAGUGAGACAUUACAGUAACAACAAAACAGUGUCAGUUAGAAAAACUGAGGUUAUGGCUACACCUGUAACACCCAAUAACAGUAGUCAAGAAAAGAGAGUAGAUGAGCCAGCAGAUCGUUGUCCAAUGCACAACAAGCCACAUCCCCUAGCAAAGUGUCGUGGGUUUAGGGGAAAACAUUUAGAUGAAAGGAAAGCUUAUCUAAAAGAAAACUCAAUCUGUUUUCGUUGUUGUGCAUCCACUAAACACUUGGCUAAAGACUGUAAGGUUGCUGUUAAAUGCAAAGAGUGCAAUAGUGACAGACACAUUAGUGCCCUCCACCCUGGACCUGCUCCUUGGUCCACGGGAGCACAAGCGAUGGAACAAGAGCAUGGCGGGGAGCAAGACAAUGCCUCAUCUCCCGAGGUCACCUCUAAAUGUACUGAGAUAUGUGACAAAACACAAGGACUCAGAUCGUGCUCAAAAAUCUCUCUAGUGAAUGUGUACCCAGCAAACCGCCCAGACAAAGCUCAAAAAAUGUAUGUGGUCUUAGAUGACCAAAGUAAUCGCUCUUUGGCAAAAUCAGAUUUCUUUGAGCUGUUUGACAUUAGUGAAGCUCCAUCUACUUACACUUUAAAAACCUGUGCAGGCAUUAGUGAAGCUACAGGUAGGAAAGCUCACAACUUUGUUGUUGCGUCACUUGAUGGACAAACACACAUAGCAUUACCCCCUCUUUUAGAGUGCAAUACAAUGCCAGAUGACCGCAGUGAAAUUCCCACACCUGACAUUGUACAGUAUUUUCCUCACCUAGCACCAAUAGCAGGUAAAAUACCACCACUAGAGCAAGACACGCCCAUCCUUCUGUUAUUGGGACGAGACAUUCUCAGUGUACACAAAGUGCGCGAGCAGUACAAUGGCCCGCACAACACACCUUAUGCUCAGCGGCUAGAUUUGGGGUGGGUUAUUGUGGGUGAGAUCUGUCUGGGGAGAGCUCACAAGCAGACUAAAGUGAAUGUUUACAAAACUAGCAUUCUACAAAACGGCCGCACUUCCUUCCUCGAGCCUUGCACUAGCGCCAUUCAUGUAAAAGAGACAUUCACUCUCCCUAAACUGCAAACUGUUGUUUUCGGUGACAUGGAGGCAGCUCUACUCAAACAGCCAGACACUCUAGGGCUCAACGUGUUCCAAAGAACGCCUGAUGACGAUAAACCAGCCUUGUCUCUUGAGGACAAAAUCUUCCUUGAGAUCAUGGACAGGGAGGUGUACAUGGACAGUGACAACCACUGGGUGGCGCCCUUACCCUUUCGUAAUCCACGCCCUCUCCUUCCCAACAACAGAGAACAGGCUCUGAAACGCCUCACUGUUUUGAAACGGACAUUAGAUAAAAGGCCAGACAUGAAAGAACAGUUCAUAGAUUUUAUGGAAAAAAUCUUUGCAAAUGACCAAGCAGAAAUUGCCCCAGAACUAGAACCAGGUGAAGAAUGUUGGUACCUACCGAUAUUUGGAGUGUACCACCCCCAGAAACCAGGCAAAAUCCGAGCCGUGUUCGAUUCAAGCGCCCAGUUUAAUGGCAUCUCUCUUAAUGACACUCUUCUUAGGGGACCAGACUUAAACAAUACACUGCUUGGUGUUCUUUUGCGCUUUAGAAGAGAGCAGGUAGCAGUUACUGUUGAUGUAGAGCAGAUGUUUUACUGCUUCAGAGUAAAGGAAAGUCACAGAAACUAUCUCAGGUUCCUAUGGUUCAAAGACAAUGACCUGAACAAAGAAAUAAUAGAGUUCCGCAUGAAAGUUCCAGUAUUUGGGAACAGUCCAUCCCCAGCUAUUGCUAUCUAUGGACUGAGACGAGCAGCUGAGCUAGGGCAGGAAGAAUACGGCUCAAACACAAAACAGUUUGUCUUUCGCAAUUUCUAUGUUGAUGAUGGACUGGUUUCUGUGUCCAAUGAGAGCCAAGCUAUUGAACUUUUGUCUCGAGCAAGAAAAAUGCUGGCUGAAUCAAACAUACGGCUUCACAAAAUCGCCUCAAACGUCAGUCAGGUCACUAAUGCAUUUCCACUAGAGGAGCGAGCAGCAGAUCUUAAGGAUUUAGAUCUGGAUGUGGACCCUCUGCCUCUUCAACGAAGUCUUGGGCUUGGGUGGAACUUAGAAAAUGACUCUUUUACAUUCCAAGUGGGAAAAGAUACUAAGCCAUUUACCCGCAGAGGCAUACUUUCUGUUGUAAACAGCCUAUAUGACCCCCUAGGGUUCGCUGCCCCAGUGACAAUUCAGGGCAAAGCACUGUACAGGGAGCUAACUCUAGAACAACAGGACUGGGAUGAACCUCUACCAACAAACAGGGAGAUAGAGUGGACCAGAUGGACUGAAUCACUUACUGCUCUUGAAGGUCUCCAAAUCCCCAGACCCUUUGUACCAAUUUCACUGUCACAUACUCAAACAAGGGAACUAUGCAUUUUUUCAGAUGCUUCAACAAUGGCAAUAGCAGCUGUAGCUUACCUCAGGGUUGUUGACACAAAUGGUCAGUGCCAUGUGGGGUAUAUGAUGGGUAAAUCUAAACUAGCGCCAUCUUCUGCCCACACAGUCCCACGCCUAGAACUGUGCGCAGCUGUUUUAGCAGUCGAACUCGCUCAGAUAAUCAUCGAGGAAAGUGACAUUGAGUUUCAAGCUGUCGACUUUUAUACUGACAGUAAGAUAGUUCUUGGGUACAUUCACAACAGCACUCGCCGAUUCUAUGUGUAUGUAGCUAAUAGGGUUGCCCAGAUCCGCAGAUCAACCACACCCGACCAGUGGCAUCAUGUGGCCACAGACCAAAAUCCAGCAGACCAUGGUACCAGGCUCGUUCUCGCAUCACAACUGCAAUACACAACCUGGCUCUCUGGUCCUCUGUUCUUAAAGGUCAAUACUGAGCAACGUGAUAAGCCUGAAAGUUUUGAUCUUGUGGAUCCAUCAGUGGACAUGGAAAUCCGUCCUCAAGUGACCACUUUAGCAACAAACGUCAAGGAGAACAAGCUUGGCUCACACAGAUUUGAGCGUUUCUCAACCUGGAAAUCCUUGGUUAGGGGAAUGCAAGCUCUCAUUCACAUGGCAAGGUCGUUUUCAAAGGUCAUACCUACGGACCACUGUGAUAAACACUCCACAGAUCUCUCUCAAGCAAAGACAGUUGUUAUCAAAUGUGUUCAACAGGAGAUCUUUAGAGAGGAAAUCAAAAGACUUUCUGAGGGAAAAGAGAUAUCCUCGCACAGUCCCCUUGAAAAACUUGAUCCCUUUAUUGAUAGUGAAGGUUUGUUAAGGGUUGGGGGACGUUUGCAAACAGCAGAUCUUUCUGAACUAGAAAAACACCCCUUGAUUAUCCCAGGUUCUCAUCAUUUAGCAGUUCUCUUAGUCAGACACUAUCACAACCAAGUAGCUCAUCAGGGACGUCAGUUUACGGAGGGUGCUCUGCGCACCGCAGGACUUUGGGUUCUAGGGGCUAAAAGACUGGUUUCUCGCAUAAUUCACCAAUGUGUCACAUGUAGGAAACUAAGGGGUCGUCUAGAGGAACAAAAAAUGGCAAUUUUACCUGCUGAUAGGCUUACCAUUGACCCGCCAUUUACUUACGUAGGUUUAGAUGUUUUUGGACCUUGGAAUGUCACAUCCCGCCGCACAAGGUCAAACAGUGCUGAGAGCAAAAGGUGGGCAGUGAUGUUUACAUGUCUUUGUACUAGGGCAGUGCAUAUAGAAGUUGUCGAGUCAAUGUCCACCUCCAGCUUCAUAAACGCUCUCCGACGAUUCUUGUCAAUCAGGGGACCAGUCAAACGCCUUAGGUCAGACCAAGGUACAAACUUUAUCGGUGCCUGUAAGGAGUUGCGAAUCAACUCUGAAGAUCCAGAAAUCAAGAAUUUCUUACAGGACCAAAGCUGCACUUGGGCAUUCAACACCCCGCAUUCCUCUCACAUGGGAGGGGUGUGGGAGAGGAUGAUCGGACUAGUUCGAAACAUUCUCGACAGUUUACUUUUGAAAAACUCUAACAGUCGUCUCACACAUGAGGUAUUGGUCACUCUUAUGGCUGAGGUCAUGGCCAUAAUGAACGCCAGGCCUUUGGUCCCUGUGACUACAGAUCCUGAAACACUGGAAAUCCUCUCACCUGCAAUGCUUCUCACUCAGAAGGCCAGUCCAGUGUUAUCACCUCCGGGGAAUUUUGAACUCAAAGACCUUUACAAAGCCCAGUGGCGUCAAGUUCAGGGGCUUGCCGAUUGUUUCUGGAAAAGGUGGAGGCAGGAAUACCUCACCACUCUGCAAGCAAGACGAAAAUGGAAAGCAGAAAAACCUAACAUAAAAGAGGGUGAUGUUGUUUUGUUAAAAGACACUCAAAUCAAACGUAAUGAAUGGCCUGUUGGUAUUGUAGUUAAGGCUAUUCCCAGUGAUGACAAAAGGGUAAGAAAACUUGAAGUCAAGAUUGUAAAACAAGGUUCUGUUAAGACGUAUAUGAGACCUGUUACUGAUGUAAUUGUACUUUUGUCUGAAAAUGGGGAUAAAGGUUAAAUAGUGGUAUAUUCAUUAAUAUACCAGGCGGGGAGUGUACUGUUGACCCAUUUAAUACUUUAUUUGUUAUAAAGUUGAUUGCCGCCCUCUAGUGGACGCCUUUGGUUUUAAGUUUUGUUUUUCUACCGCACGUGCUCACUUACAAGCGUGAUCGGUUCGCAGUCUGACAGAAUACGUCUCUGUUUUCGGCCUUGGGGCAUCUUUGUCCGUAAGUUUGGCUUGUUUUGUGUUAUAAUAUUGUUUUCUUGUAUUGUUAUAAAUAUCUGAAGGUUGGAACGGUGGUUUUGGCGCAUUCGCGGUGUUGCUUAUUGCUAGUUUCUUUGCUAGCUCCGUCCUGUGUUUGGGCUGGGUA